GAAGUAAAGUCGACCAGAAGACAUUUACUGCAGCGUUUACAGCAGACCAUCAGUUGUUUGACAGAGCUUACAAUCUGGUUCUAGACAUUUUUUCACCAUGACACCAAAGUCCUGCUUCACCAUCCUUCAUGUGUCCAUCUUGGCUGCGACACUUCUCACUUUGGAAGUUUCCUGUACAGAUGAAUGUGAAGUUCAUAUUAAAGUACGCAGCAAAACAAAAUAUGAAGCUCACCUUGGAGAAGAACUAAAGAUUGAAUGUCCAGUUACGGUCUGCAACGAUUCACCACCUGAAAUCUCCUGGGUUAAACUCGAAGAAACUGGUGAUCCUAUAAACAUUAGCGGGGGAAGUCGCUUCAGAUCAGAGUGGAAAACUUUGAAGCAUUUAGAUGGAGUUUCAGUUUUGAUCAUUCAAAACUUUGUCAGAAACGACUCGGGUAUAUAUCGGUGUAAAUGUGGUUCCAGUGUUGGACAUAAAAUCAAUGUUUCUGUCAAUGAUAGUGUUGAACUCAUCACCUACCAAUCGACAACUUCAGAGCCACGGAGACCAGAAACUGAGGACGCUUUCUGGCCUUUUGUGUGUCGUGUUGUUGGACUCUUGGUGUUUGUCGCCAUAGUGAUUGCUAUGUUUGUCACCUCACACUGUUUGCGUAAAGGUGUCCGAUGUGGAGGAGGAUCCAAAGACACACCAGCAGAUCCAAACAGCCAGCCUUCCCAUCAGGCUUUGCCUAUGGAUCAUAUCUAUGAUAGUGUUCAGUAGUCCUCAUGUCAGAGGUACAAAGUUAAACGUUACAAUGCUGGGUUAAGAAUAUACGACAGUAUUUACUAUUGAUUGUUUUUUGUGACUCGUGGAAGUCAAUUUGUGCUUGUGAAUUUCUGCAAAUGAACCUGUGGCGAUACAAGAAGUGACAUUUCUAUUGCUUUCAAACCGCUGUAUAUGAGAUCGAACCUGUGUGUGUGUGUGUGUGUGUGUGUGUGUUUUGCUUCCUCUGUAGGUGACAAACUUUGUGCACAAAUCCCCUGCAAAUAUCACUGUGAAAUGUCAGUAAAUCUAUAGUGCUGUGAGUUUUUCUACCUUUGGUCUCUAUUCUCACUUCUGAUGUUUAUUUAAAAUAUAUAUUAUUUUGGUUAUCUGUAUCGCAUUUUGGAGCAGACGCACUGAUGCCAGGAAGCAAAAUGUAACCACAGGUCACAUAUUGAGAGACAAAAGACAAGAGGAUGUGUCGUAACAUGAAAGAAUACGCAGCCCUCAACUUAUCACCCAUCUGUUCUAGGGAUCUUAUUUCACUCUAAAAUAUAAAUUAUAAAUGUGAUUUUACCACUUGACAUACAGCCCAAUAUUAAAGAUUCACUGAAGAAAUCUAGUUUCUUACACUGACAAAUGAAAACAACAGCCAACCUGUCAGUCAAAACAGCCCCGCCAAAUUAUAAUAUAAUUACUAGCUUUCAAAAAAGAUUUUUCAUAAAUUCUUAAAAUUCAUAAAAAUUCACUCUGUAAAGUUUGUGCAAAUAAAUAAAUGAGCUGUCAGAACCAAACCUGUUUUGUAGCAGCUUUAAAUGUGUUUAUUUCUGCUGUAAUAACAGUUUUAACAUGUGAUCUAAUGGGGUUUCCUCGGCUUUAGCAGCCAGCCUCAAGUGGACACUCGAGGACAUGCAGUUUUUUGGGCCUACAGAUUGACUUCAUUUUUUUAACACCAAAAGGUUUCAACUAAUUUAAUGUUAGCUUAAGUGCUUUAUGUUAAUUUCUAUUCAGUAUGUCAUGGUUGGAAACCACUGAAUUUGAUGAAUAUCUCCUUUCAGAUUGCGUCUUUAUGUCGGAAACAUCCACAUGUGCACAUCAGAUUGUGUCUUGGCUUAUUACUCUUUACAUGCAAAUAAAAAUACACACGUUCCAAAUCGG